AUGGUCGACAGCAAGAAGCGCAAACAUGCGGCCGUAGUCCUCCAUCAGACCAACCAGCAAGCUAGUCCAAACAAGAAGAAUAAGACAGAACCACAAGAUGCCGAGGACAUUGACACGUCGCGCCCUACGGCGCUCUUCAAGCCCACCAAGGCCAGGAACUGGACUGUCAGCAUUGCGCUACCGGGAAGCUGGCUUCUAAAUGCCAAAAAGCCGGAUCACAAGACAAUGCAAGUAGGACGUAUCGCACGAGCUGCAGCCGUGUUCUGUGUCGAUGAAAUUGUCGUUUUUGAUGACAAUCCAUCUGGGCUCACGCCCAAUGUAGUGUCCGAUCGAUACACGCGCGGUAAGAAAUCGAAGUCGAAACAAGAGAUUCUCGAUAGCAUACUGGAAGAAGAUGAGCCCUGGCAGAACCCAGACCAGUUUCUUUACCACGUCCUUGCGUUUGCUGAGUGCCCUCCACAUCUCAGGUACAGCCAUGACGACCCGAGCCUGAGUAUCUUUCAGAAACACAAGAAUCUUGAGUGGACCGGCACUCUACCAAGUAUGGAUAUGCCUCAUCAUCUGAGGCCGCAUGAGUGGUGUCAGUUCCGCGAGGGCGUGGUUAUAGGACCGGCGGAUGCACCAGUGGCUAGCAAAAGCUCAAGGAAGACGAGCAAGAAACAGACGGAGCAACACGUAUAUGUCAAGUGUGGCCUGUCUUUUCCGAUUGUCGUCCCAAUGCCCCCAGGCGCGCCGAUCGAGCCCGCCAUGCGCACAACGGUACGAUUUGGCAACUCAGAUCCUCCCAGGAACUGGCCGCACCUGUCGCAAGCCGAAUGCGAAAGCCUUGAAGCCAGCGCUUGCGGGUCAUCGCUUCCUCGCGAGGAAGCGGGAUAUUACUGGGGCUACUCUGUACGCAAGGCGUCAUCCCUAAGCACGGUAUUCUCCGAAUGUGAGUUCUCGGGGGGCUAUGACUUCACCGUCGGCACAUCUGAACGAGGCGUCGACGUUCGCGACCUCAUACCCUCAACAACUUCAAACCCUUCGGUGCAGGCGCCGGAGAAGUUCAAUCAUCUGCUCCUUGUCUUUGGAGGUGUUGCCGGGAUCGAGCCAGCUGUAGCGAAUGACCCUGUACUUGCAGAGAAAGGUCUUGGCAAAGGCAGUGCGCACACAUUGUUUGACUCGUGGGUCAAUCUCGUACCCGGUCAGGGUAGCAGGACGAUCAGGACUGAAGAAGCGGUCGAGUUCGGCCUGUGCGCAUUAAAACCGUACGUGGACUCUAUGUACGACAAAUAA